AUGUCAUCGCUGCGGCAAUUAGUUAAGCAUCAUAACGAGUUCCUGCUGGUUCAAGAACCUGCAGUUUCUCAAGGUCCCCCUAUAGUGAGACCACAAACCUGGGCUCCUCCUCCAUCAGGAAUUAUUAAAGUAACCUUUGAUGCAGGGGUCAACAAGCACAAUAACUUGGGUUCCAUGGCAGCAAUAGCAAGGGAUAGUCAAGGGCAACCAAUGGGGUGGAGUUGUAAGAAGAUACAUGGAAUUACAGACCACGAUCCCGGAGAGCAUGGCAUGCAGGGAGGCAGUCCUUCUGGUAAAGACGAAGGGUUCUCCAGUGUGAUUUUCGAAGGUGAUGCCCAGUUGGUCAUCAGUAGCAUUUUGGGUUUUUCCACGGAAGAAAAUGCAAAUUCGGCCGUGAACUUUUUAGAGAUGUUUAAAUUUGCCCCUUUUUAUCUGUUUGACUAA